AUUCUGACACGCAGAUAUUGCGAGCAGAUUUAGUGACUUGCAAGAGACAUAGACUCAGGUCUUUGCUGCUGCGACUUUGCGUGUUCGCUGAGAUCCCCACUACGAUACCAAUUGGCUCGAUAACGUCAUCAACACCCCUCCGACAUCGCUCAAAGCCAAUGUUUACGGCCCUUUGCAGUCGACGAGCAACAUCACACGCUACUACCUAUCUACUACCAAAAAGAUAUUUCCACGCCACAUCCCGCAUUCUCGCCUCUCCACUUGUCGAGCGCGUCAACAAAGUCACAAUGGCCUCAAACUCCGGAACCCCCAAAGUCACCUCCCUCGUGGAUCUCCCCUCCUCGGACGCCAAAUGGGUGAAGCUGCAAAAGGCGACCUAUGUCGACGCCAAAGGCAAAGAGCGCGUCUGGGAGAUAGCCUCACGCAAAACCACGGGCUCUGCUGGCGUCGACGCGGUCGCAAUGGGAAAUAUCAUCUAUCACCCCACCAAAGCCCCCUCGACGAUUGUAGUCAUUCAAUUCAGGCCGCCGGUUGGUGGCUUUACCGUUGAGUGGCCCGCUGGUCUUAUCGACGCAGAUGAGAAGCCUGAAGAAGCCGCUGUCCGCGAACUCUACGAGGAAACAGGCUACAAGGGCAAAGUAAUUUCCACUUCGCCUCCCGUAGCUGCGGACCCGGGCAUGACGUCGGCGAAUCUUUGUCUCUGCAUGGUGGAGAUUCAUUUGAACGAGGGAGAUCCAGAGCCGGAGCAGCAUUUGGACGAGGGCGAGGACAUUCAGAGGGUCAAUAUCCCAAUUGCUGAGCUUUAUACUAGGCUGGAAGAGUUUGCCAAGGAAGGUUAUGUUAUUGCGGCCAAAUUAUAUCAUUGGGCAGCGGGUGCGCAGUAUGCAAUUGACCACCCGGAGUUAUUCCAAAAGGCAGGUAAGCCUGCUGUUAGGACUUAGGGGUGGAAUGUGCAUGCUAUUGCAUUGCAUAAUCACUAGCGCUUUGACGAGAUAUCAACAAGCGGUAAAUGAUAGAGAGAUAGUCAUAGUUUAGAGUGAUGUCUAUCUCCGAAGUUUACUAUAUGCCAGCCA